CAUACAAGGCAGAGCCCUACUUCGUGAACUCACAACCAAUGCUUGCCACUGGGACACACCUCUCCCCAAAGACAGCCUGAAAGAAUGGGAGAUGUGGAGAGAUUCGCUUCAGGAGCUGAAGGAGCUUCAUAUCCCUCGCACAUACGCCAUGAAGUCUCUCACCAAGGUAUGGCAAACCGAGUUGUGUGUGUUCUCAGAUGCGUCCACCAGAGCCAUUGGUGCAGUAGCUUAUCUCCGAACCCUUGACGAAAACGGACAGACCGCAGUGGGAUUCGUCCUCGGAAAAGCUAAGCUAGCCCCUCUGUCCGAACCUACCAUACCUCGACUGGAACUAUGUGCUGCAGUGCUAGCAGUAGAGAUGGCAGAGCUCAUCCUAGACGAAAUAGACCUCAAAAUUGAUGCGGUGAAAUUCUACUGUGACAGUAAAGUUGUACUAGGUUACAUUAACAACGAAUCCAAGCGAUUUUACGUAUACGUACACAACAGAGUCGAGCGUAUACGUCAGUCAACAAAGCCAGAUCAGUGGCACUACGUGCCUACAGAGCACAAUCCAGCAGACCACGCUUCAUGGGGAAUUCCAGCUUCCCAGCUCGCAAGUACAUCAUGGUUCACGGGACCGCCAUUUCUCUUCAAGCUGAACCAAUCUCCUUCAGAGAAAUCGAACCCCUUCGAGCUGGUUGAUCCAGAGCUAGAUGUAGAAAUCCGUCCCCAGGUGACAAGUUUCGCUACCCAGACGAAAAUGACAACACUUACACGCAAAUGCUUUCAACGUUUCUCGACGUGGAACUCACUCCUGAGAGCAGUUACUUUCCUCAUCCAUGUCGUUCGUUCCCGCAAGAUGGACCCAGCAAGUCAGUCGACUAAAUGCAGUGGACAGCACAAGCCAUAUACUCCAGACGAGCUGGCUCAAGCAAAAGAUGUUAUCAUCAAGUCAGUCCAGAGAAAGUUCUACUCGGGGGAGUUUACAAACCUUGACCAGAAGAAAGAUGUUCCCAAGAACAGUUCUCUCACAAAGCUGAAUCCUGUUUUGGAAGAGGGCUUCAUCAGAGUGGGAGGUCAUCUCAAACAUGCACAGCUAGACCGUGACGAGAAGAACCCAAUUAUUUUGCCAGGUAACCACCACGUUUGCACACUGCUAGUACGCCACUACCACGAGCAGGUGAAACACCAAGGUCGCCAUUUUACGGAAGGGACCAUCAGAGCAUCCGGCCUAUGGAUUGUCGGUGGUAAGAGACUCAUAAACUCAGUCCUACAUAAGUGCGUCAUAUGCAAGAAGCUCCGUGGGAAGUUGGAAGAACAGAAGAUGGCGGACCUGCCACCUGAGCGACUCAAUACAUCUCCACCAUUCACAUACGUUGGUUUAGACGUUUUUGGUCCAUGGGCAGUCAUCGCACGACGCACAAGAGGAGGUCACGCUGAAAGCAAACGCUGGGCAAUGUUGUUCACUUGCAUGAGCACGAGAGCCAUUCACAUUGAAGUCCUAGAGUCCAUGGACACGUCAUGCUGCAUCAACGCACUCAGAAGUUUUUUUGCUCUCCGCGGACCAGCGAAACAGCUUAGAUCCGACUGCGGAACCAACUUCGUUGGAGCCUGCAAUGAGCUGAAACUUGGAAAGGAACAACAACAGGAGACAAGAAUGCAGCGCUACCUGAGUGAACAAGGCUGCACAUGGGAGUUCAACCCACCUCACUCGUCACACAUGGGAGGUGUUUGGGAGCGCAUGAUUGGAGUAGCUCGGAGAGUCCUCGACUCCAUUCUAUUACAGAGCAAAUCCUCUCACCUCUCGCAUGAAGUACUGUGCACCUUCUUGGCCGAAGUUACAGCGAUCGUCAAUGCUCGACCUCUUAUCCCAGUCUCCAACAAUCCUGAAUUGCCAUUCAUCUUGACACCUGCUACGCUGCUUACCCAGAAGGUUGGUGCUCCUGCUCCCUUGGGAGAAUUCACCGACAAGGACCUGUUCAAGAGCCAGUGGAGGCAGGUUUAGAGUCUCGCCAGUAAGUUCUGGACCCGAUGGAAACGCGAAUACCUGCCUACCCUACAGAGCCGUACGAAGUGGACGGAAACCCAUCGUAACCUGCAAGAGGGAGAUCUUGUGCUCUUGAAAGACAACCAAGUCGUCCGCAAUGAGUGGCCACUGGCUCGAGUUACUUCUGCUUUUGUGAGCGAUGACGGAAAGGUCCGCAAGAUAGAAGUCAAGGUCUCGUCCAACGACACCGUCAAGAAGUUCAUGAGGCCCAUCUCAGAAGUCGUACUUCUACUACCAAAAGAGGACUGAACAUUACGUUUAUUUUGUAUUAUGCCAUACUAAAGAUGCCAGACGGGGAGUAUUCUGGAUCCAUCUAUCCGUUUUUUAAAUUGCGCCCUCUAUUGGCAACAAGUUCUUUCAUUCAACGAAUCACGUUUUAUCAAUUUUCCGUCAAAAGUUUGUUCCGACAUUUUCACACUUUGUGACUAGUUUAAUCCAUCCCAAUCUACUGCCUUCUCAGAUAACGCCUACGAGAAGCAUUGCCUUUUUACUCCUUGUUCAUCAC